AUGCUUUCAACAGCAAAUCAAAGAGGGCCGGAGAAGAUAGAAGGCGGUACUAAGGUCACCAAGAGGCCUAACAGUAUAUCUACAUGGGAUGUUGGCACCAAAAAAGCCACACUGUAUAAAGACAAUAUGGACUACAAACAUAUAUCACCACAUGAAUUAGCAUCAUUACUUAAAGUACACCAAUCAAUGAGGUUACCAGAAUAUUCAGCUAUGUUUCCAUGGUUGCAUUCAUAUUCUACUACGCACCCACCGACUUAUCCAGAUGCAAUUUCUAUCAUCCGUUCGAAUGUUUUAUCGCAAGAGCAUAAUUGGAUACCAAAUUCUGGGAUGUUGAAAAGUUCAAUGGAUCCCAGUGAUUUUCUUAUUUCAUGGAAUGAGCAGUGCUCUUUUGACAUACUAAAGUAUGAUAAUGAUAGUGAUAAUGAAGAAAUUUUUAGCCUCAUUAAAGAUCUUAUUAUGAACGAAUCUGCAACCAUAGUUGUUGAUUUGCUGAAUGCCGAACAAUUGGCAAACAUUUGCAUGAAAAAUAAGGUGUUGCCAUUUCUCAAGACUGAUUUACAUGCCUUUAGAACCUACUGUGAUAAAUCGAGAAACAAAUCGGUUAACUCUUCUUUUCAGCCACUUCAUUCCGGUAAUGAUUCAGGUCAGACCAAUUGGAGACAACAAAACAGUUCCUUUAGAAGGUUUGACUUACAAUGUGCAAAGAUGGUAGAACUAUCUUCAAAAAUUAUCAUAUAUUGUUUGAAUAUAGAUCCAUUGGCCCACGAUCAUUCAGGUUGCACUGACUGCUUUCAACUAGCGUCGCUCCUAAAAUUAGCUCUUCUUCUCUUGAGGCGACAUUAUUCUGCCGUGCACUACCCAUUUGAAGAUACGUUAGAAAUUACCAUCUUAAAGUUUGAACGAUUCGAUAAGUUUCCCUUGGGCUCAGUGGCUACAAAACCCAUGUUACUCUCCUCUACGGAAAAACAAACCCCUCAGCAAGUUUCUUCAAUGUUUGAUGUUAUUUCCUUCAAUAAUUGGGAUAGAAAUUUAUUAUAUCACGAACAAUUAGAAAUGACAAAAGUUUCAUCAAUGACAAGCGUUGAUAGUACUUAUGAUCUUUGGUGCGGUAACCUAACAGACUAUCAGCUUUAUAAGAUAUUUGGUCCUUAUAAAAAUUUGGGUAAGGUAGAAAACUAUCCAUGCUAUUAUUCACCGGAUAAUACUAUCGUCAGGCUAUCACAGCUUGAAUUCGACAGUGACGAUACACUUAAAAAUGACUCUAAACUAUUUAAUAUUCCUAUAACUAAUGUCCCACUGAAUUUAUUCAUACGAUGUUCAGAAAAAUCAGGCCUUCCAGAUGUGGCAUCUUUAAUUUCUAAUCUAAACAGUAAUGAAGGGGCAAUAACUUUCAAUUUUCCCGGUUCUGGUACUAUUGGAUUAGGUAAUUUGAACAUCAAUUCUGUGGAAAUAAUUUUGAAUGUAUGUUAUUCGAUUUAUAGAUAUUCUAAGAUGCAUAAAAGAGGGGCAUUGAUUUACUGUACCGAUGGCUAUUCUGAAACUAGCUUCUUGUUAGUUGCAUACCUAAUAUUUCUUUGGGAUUUAUCGUUGGAAGAAGUUAUGUUGAAAUUGCAUUCAGAAUGUAGAAGGCCAUUUUAUCUUUACCAAAUAGAUUUACAGGUUUUAGGUCAUUUACAAACGCUAUUGAGAAAUUACAGUCCUCGAAGAGAAGAAAAUUCGGUCUCAUACAAUUGCAGUAAUGGUUCAACUCCAUUGAAAAUAAGCCCUGAAACAUUUAGUAAUAUCUUUCUAGCGAAAAUUCCAAUGACUAUGGCCAAUUGGACAAAAUUGAAUGGCCCACUACCUUCUCGCAUAUUACCACAUCUAUAUUUAGGUUCUUUAGAGCAUGCACAGUCACCAAUCCUUUUAAAAAGAUUGGGAAUAACUCAUAUUGUUUCUGUAGGCGAGGAAUUAUCGUGGUUAGGAGACCCAAGUGAUUCAAUUAGGAGAAACAGAGGUGUAUCAAGCCCCUCCCCACCUAUUAUACAAGAAAUUAAUGAGGUUUCAUCAACAUACAUGACGCCACGGAGAGCUACCAUGCGAACCGAUAGCUAUGAUAUUAAUCUACCAAAGUCAUCUUCAACAAAAAUUAUUGAAAAAAACGGUUUCAAAAUCUGCAAAAUCAAUAAUUUACAAGAUAAUGGUAUUGAUCCUUUAAGUAAGCCACUGAACGAUAUUUUAGAAUUCAUUGACGAUUGUUACAAAAAAAAAAUAGGCAAAGUGCUAGUUCAUUGUAUGGUUGGUGUUUCAAGAUCUGCUACAGUUUGUAUUGCUGAAGUUAUGAAAAGAAUGAAAGUGGAUGUGUUGAAAGCUUACUUAUAUGUCCGUGUCAGACGAUUGAACAUCAUAAUCCAGCCAAAUCUCAUGUUUAUGUACGAACUUAUAAAGUGGCAGGAGGAACUGGGCGUAGAAAGAUUAGUAGAUUGGCAUAUUAUGUGUAGGUCAAUUGUAGAACUAAAUAAAAAGUAUUUAUAA